CGGCAUCAGUCUUUUGGGAGCUCCGUAGAAGCCAGAAACCAUGCUGACGUUUUUGGCGCUGGCGUCGGUCGUCCUCCUGGGAAUAGUGCCCGAGCAGUCCCAGGCCAUAGUGAUUUACACCGGCUGGGAACGCCAUGCCUUGGUGGGCUCCGACAUCCGACUCUCCUGUUCUUUCUUCUCUUGGCGCUGGACCUCAGAGGACGUCACCUUCUCCUGGACAUACAGGCCCGAUGGCUCCCGGGACAGCAUCUCUAUCUUCCACUACACCGGCGGCGCUGCCUACCUCGACAACAAGGGACCAUUCAGGGACCGGCUGGAGUUUGUGGGGAACCCGGCCCGCCGUGAUGGCUCCAUCCUGAUCAAGAACCUGGAGUUCAGCGACAACGGCACCUUCACCUGUGACGCCAAGAACCCCCCUGACAUAGUGGGACGGCCCUCCAGCGUCCGCCUGCUGGUGUUUGAGAAGGUGCCCAUCCAGGCUGGUGUGAUCACAGGAGCCAUCAUCGGGGUGGUGCUGGGCCUGUUGGUGCUCAUCGUGGUCAUCUACUACCUGAUGAGGUUCCUGGUGGCGCGCCGCGUCUUCAGCCUCAGUGUCAGCAAACAUGGCAAGAAAAAGAAAGAGGGAUCACAGCAGAGACAGGGCCCCGUGCCUCCCGCUGACCCCUCCAAGGUGAAGGCGGCCGCCUCGGAAAAGAAGAAGCAGGAGUCACGCAAGGAUAAGAAAUAGGAUACGGGGAGGGGCUGGGGCGGGCUCACCAGCCGGCUGCUCCAGCCCGUGCGCCAGGCGGUGGCGAAGGCCCAGCCGAAGCAGCAGCAGCGAACCAUAGUCAGAAAGACAGAGAGG